CAGUGUGAGGUGCAAGUGCCAUCGCCUGCCACUUUGAUGAUUCACUGUCAGGAGUCAGCUUCAGACUGUUCAAUUUUCUUGAAUUCUUUCACUACCUUUUGACAACUUUGAGCCACGGUGCUCUUGAAGCGACAAGGUUAGCACAAGGAUGCACAACGAUUUUGCAACCACCGCAGUGGCCAAUUUGGGCUCAAGUAACUUAUAUAACUCCAUAGCACCUGCCAGGCCGUUGGUGGGUGAUGUUGGGUGCGUUGUGCUUGUAUCCUGCUUCCCUGGGCGUUCUAACCUAACUCUUCCAAUGACAGCCCUGAAGUGGCCAGGUCUUGCUUCCAUUUACAAAUCAGCGAUUCUCGGCUGCUGGGCAGCCGGGGCAUGCGCCAAGUGGCAGUAUUUUGGGCAGCUUUGCUGCCCUUGGUGGCAGCGGAGGUGGAAGCUGUGCCUGCCGAUGAAUGUGAGGAAGAUGCCGGCACCUGCGCGCUGAGUGCGCUGCAGCUAAAGACAGGGAAAGAACCGACGCCCGGAAGUUUCUCUGUGACCCUUGCUACUGAGGACGCAGAAGGCCGCGUUUCGGCUCCAAAGGCCGCCUUGCAGGAAGGUGCAGAACAAGAGAGACGGGCAGGCGAUCAAUCACGGCACCAGAGGGGAGCGGCUUGCUGCCGAUGCGCCUCGGGCGAAGUUGGAUUUUCAGCAACGGGGAGCUGCGGCUUUUGCAGCGGACGUCUAGAUCGAACAGUGGCCGCUCCGACAGGAUGCAACGAGCCAUCUCUUUUGCAGUCAGCCAGAACUGCAUGUGCACAGCAGUGCGGCAAGCAGUUGAGGCGGAAAAGCUGGUACCCGGCUGACUUUCAGUGACGAACAUUUGUGGGGGACGUUCCUCCCACACAUUCGCCACCAGGGACCGACAAUUUGUUCAUUGCAAUUUGCAUCCCGCUUGGCCAGCGAUGUGAGUUGUCUGGGCUGCCACCUCCAAGGAUGAGGUCUCAUAGUCAUGACGCAACCUCCAUGAAUCACCGCCGGUCA